AUGUUCCGCAUACAGCUGUUGCUGUCUUUGCUGGCCUUUAUCUGUGAAGAAGUCGUAUCACAGUGCACUUUGUGCGGAGGACUUUACUUUUUUGAAUUUGUAAGCAGCAGUGCCUUUCUCCUUUGUCUCCUUAUGCUGAUAGUGUACUGCACUCCGGUUUAUGACAAAGUCGAUGCUGGAAAAGUCAAGUCCUCGGAUUUUUACAUUACUUUGGGGAUAGGAUGUGUGUUUUUGUUGGCGUCCAUCAUUUUCGUUUCCACGCAUGACCAAACCUCAGCUGAAAUUGCUGCAAUUGUGUUUGGAUUUCUAGCAAGUUUUAUGUUCCUGGCUGACUUUGCCAUUAUGGCGUAUGAGAAGCGACAGGAGUCCCAGAAGAGAAAACCUGAGGCCACUGUUAGGGCAGAGGCCCUCACUGAACCACUUAAUGCUUAAAGACUUGAGGGAGCAGGCGUUACGGAAGGCAGCAACUGCGUGGUAUCUGAGCCCGGGCAGAAGCACGUGUACUAUCUGUGUAAUUGCUAAACCACUUUUGAAGAGCAAGGGGAAGCGUCAGGAGGCAAUGUUGUCAAUAUUGGACAGUAUGUUAGUCACCACAAGUUAGGCCAGGGUUUUUGUUUUUUUUUUUUAUAACAUUUGAAACUUGUAUUAUGCAGUCUAUUAUUUUUGGGGGUGGGGUGGGGAGGGCAGUUUCUUUAAAUCACAGCUCACUGAUAAAUUAUUCUGUUAUUGUUACUAGGCUUAGCUUUCAAAUGAUUCUUUAUAGCUAUAUAAACAGCAUGAUUAAGUUAAUCCAUUUAGAUAUUACUUCAUUUUUAAGUUAAUUUGCUUCACUAUGAGGUUGUUUUUUGAUGAUUAGAUAAAAUUUAAUGUAUAUUUAAAUUUUAAAUAUUGGUCUAGGUUUUUUCCUUAAAAUAUAAUACUUAGGCUUUACUGUAUCUUCCUUGGCCUUAAAAUUAUAUUGUAACAUUUUAAGACAAUUGUUAUAAGCUCUUCUGUUGCCUAAUAGCGUAUGGGAGAUGUUGGUAUUUUAUAUGUAUAACCCAAUAUUUAUACUGCACUUUGGUGGUUAUUGAUAUCAAGCGGGGAAAAAAAAGAUUUUUAUGUAACACAUAGAAAAAUGGAAUAAACUGAUAUCACACCUAAGGACCAAAGAUGAUAAAGGCAUACUCUUUGUGCAAUACAGUGAAAUUAUAAGAGCAGGCUUCAGCCACUCACCAAGUGUCUGCAGAGGUGAGUUCAUACUGUGAGAGAGGGUUCAUUCUCCUAUUGGCACAUGAUUAUUUCUACUGAAAUCGAAGCGGCUCUGCAGGUCCUCCUCGGUGUGUUCUGUGGAGCCAGUUUCCGUUUUAAAACCCCAGCCUGCGAUUUUCCAUCUGUCUGAGAUGCUUGCAUUUCUGUCUCCGGACCAGGGUGGUCUGCACACUGCUUCCCCGUCAAGCAGAGGUGGGCCUCUGGCUCUUCCUUGUUGGCAGUGCCUUUCGAGGGCCCAGGAUCUUGGGCUCUUUUGUUGCCUAGCGUGUUCGCACGGUCCUUAGGGUUUUGUUCCCACAGAGGCACUGCUCUGUUUUCCCUUUGGAGGAGACCUUAAAGUGAACAUCUAGCAAAUCUUGCCUAGGUUAAUACCGUUGAUGGUGUAGGGAGUAGUCUUACUAUUCUCAAGAGACACUUCAUAACCAGUUCUGAUAAUCAGGAAGAAUUGUCGGCUGUUGGGUCCCAGACUAGAUCUUUCUUGUCCUCCUCCUAGAUUUUUGACUCAAGACUUUGGUGUUAAGGUGCUGAACUGUGCGUCAGGUCCUGAAGGACUUUGGUGGAGGGCCCCCCGGCUAGGCAUCCUAGGUUUUCUGUCUGAAAAAGUGGAAUCGUGUUUCCAAUGAGGCAGUUUAAUGAUCCCAUCCUUUCUUAACUUCUCAUCUGCCUGUUGUAGACAGGUUUUAGCUACAUCAAUGUGGCUAAUGUGGCUCUCAAAAAUUAGUCCUGACGGCCAGGCACAGCUUCUGUUCUGGCUUAGUGACUGAGGACUUACUAUUUGAACCAGAGUUUGGAUGCUAGUGCGAGUGGCGACGUCACCAAUACCUGCUUGGGAGAUAAGGAAACCAGUCAUGGAUGCUGAUGUUACUGGGCGUGCCAUCUAAGGGAGGAGAAAUAGCCGGGGCUUGGGCUCAAGAAUAAAGACUGGUUCAAAAAUAGCCAGCUUAUGAUAGGCAAGUUCUGGAAUUUCACAUCAAACUACUGUACCAUUGCCAUUGUAAAUAUCACCUCAAUCCAGCUAGAGUUGACAGCAAACCAUCUGCACUACCUCGGGGUCCCCACCCCUGCAUUGGGUUUGGUGGCCUUGUCCUCAGCUGGCUUCACACAUAGAGCUGGCAUGAGCUUAAGCCCUGGUUGUUCUGACGGUUCACUUCUGUUUGUUUUCUUGGCAUGGGACCACUUAAUCUUUGCCUUUUCAGAAGGAUAAUAUAUUCACUGGCAUUUUUGGUCUCUCUGGAACCUUUCCUCACAUUGAUUUUUAUGGGACUUACAACUGAUUAGCCUCCCUCUUCUAUUGUAGAAGAAAUUAGGAGUAAAAAGACCAUUGUGGUAAAUAACAAAGUUCAAGGAGAACUUGAGACCAAAACCACGGUUACGUACAGGAAAAGGCAGACUCAGUAAACUCAAGGUUAAAAAUUAACAGCUAUGAUAAAAUUGUUAUAUUUUAUACAAAUAAACUGUUUAGAAUGGUUUUUAAAAAUCAUAAGGGAAAUGCUUACAACAUAACAAUUUUAUAAUUGCUGUACUUAUAUUCUGUUUUGGGACUGGGAAAUGUAUUUUUACAUUGUUUAUAGCCAAUCAUUUUUGUAUUUAUCAAUUAAAAUUCUUUGGGUCUUUUUUAUCUCUCUUCAUGUCAAAUUUUGUAGUCUUCUUUUUAAAUAAAUCCAUCUUAUUGUCCCUAA